GCUUCUUGUGGUAUUCUGAUGAGCAGAAUUUCUCCUUCACAAGUACCUGUAACGAGCCAUACCUUGACAAGAACUUUCUUCAACAUUGCUGCACCACUAGUAAAUAAAAGAAAAGAAUAUUCUGAAAGAAGAAUUAUAGGAUAUUCUAUGCAGGAGAUGUAUGAGGUUGUUGCUGUGGUGGAGAAUUACAAACUGUUUGUUCCUUGGUGUAAGAAGUCAGAUAUAUUAUCGAAGCGCUCUGGAUACUGCAAAGCACAGCUAGAAAUAGGAUUCCCUCCUGUGCUGGAGAGGUACACCUCAGUUGUUACCCUAGUGAGACCACAUUUAGUUAAGGCAUCCUGCACAGAUGGAAAACUGUUUAACCACUUGGAAACAGUGUGGCGCUUCAGCCCCGGCGUGCCCGGCUACCCACGGACAUGCACGCUGGACUUUUCAGUUUCUUUUGAGUUUCGCUCACUUCUACACUCAAAACUGGCUACGUUAUUUUUUGAUGAGGUGGUGAAGCAGAUGGUAGCUGCCUUUGAAAGAAGAGCAUCCAAACUCCAUGGCCCAGAGACAAGCAUACCUCGGGAGCUGAUGUUCCACGAAAUUCACCAGACGUAA